AUGUUAGCUCAAGGCAUUAUACGUCCCUCCGAGUCCGCGUGGUCUCCACCGAUUUGGAUUGUCCCAAAAAAGGCGGACGCAUCGGGAAAAAGGAAAUGGCGUCUAGUGGUAGAUUUUCGUAAACUUAAUGAAAAAACCAUAAAUGACAAAUACCCUAUCGCGAAUAUCUCAGAUGUUCUGGACAAACUGAGUAAAUGCCAAUAUUUUACUACCCUUGAUCUCACCAGUGGUUUUCACCAAGUAGAGAUGGACCCCGCUGACAUUCCAAAGACGGCAUUCAAUGUCAAACACGGCCACUUCGAAUUCCUUCGGUUGCCCAUGGGCCUGAAGAAUUCACCUUCCACAUUCCAAAGAGUGAUGGAUACCAUCCUCCGAGGUCUCCAGAACCAGAUCUGUUUGGUGUACCUGAACGAUAUAAUAGUAUUCAGCACCUCGCUGCAGGAAGACAUGGUCAACUUAGAACAAGUUUUCCAGAGACUUAGGAACUCUAAUUUCAAAGUACAAAUGGACAAAUAA